GAGCCCCGGAAGUCGAGCGAAGAAGCACGCCAGCAGCAGGAUUUGACCACUUUGACCAGACGACCAGGAGGGGCAUCACGUGAUGCCUCCUGCCAGAGAGCAGAUCGGCUGCGCGCAGAGCCGAGAGCGGAUGGGAGGCCGGCACCGGUCCGCCCAACUUUUCCCAACAGCCGUCCCCGUUCACCGCGGACAGUCAUCGGUGCAUCGCGGCUAACCCAAGUGGGCGCCGGUCCUACCUCGUGUAUUCCGCAGAGAGCGGACACCAGAGCGACGCCACCAACGACGGGCGUGACGCUGUCCAUCUGCCCAGUUGGCACACUCCAACAGGGCGCCCCAGCCUUGUCUGCGGGCCCGGUACAAAGAAACACCACUAGACAACGCGCGCUUGGCUUCUCACAGUGAUCCGAGGGGACCGUGUGGGCCAUGGCGCUGCUGCCGAUUUCAAGCCAAUGUAACUUGCGCUUCCGGGAGUUGCUGCCUCACGUAGCCAGAGGGUGCCUCGGUUGACUGUCAUUGUCGAGAGAUCAGUGCGGCGGUGGAUAUAACUGCUCCAUCGUACGUCGCUAUAAUAGGACAGGAUGCAAUCUCUCCUCUGAGGACCCAUGUCAUGGCUUUGUACAAUUGUAACAGUUGCAGUUUUGUGGGCAAAAACCGGAAGCACCUAGCCAAGCAUGUAACGCUACACCAUACCACCCAGGUGUACCAAUGCAGUCUGUGUUCGUUUGUCACCCGGUAUCAGGCCAACUUUUAUCGUCACCGGCGCAACAUCCACAAGCUCACCAGCACUAAUGGGUGCGAGGUUUGCGACCGGCUUUGCGAUAAUCAGGAUGAAUUGGUUGCCCACACAUCCAACGACCACCCUCAGUUCCUGGAUAGUCUCCUUCGAAAGCUUGAAGCCAGGAGGGCUCGGCAUCCCAAGAAUGCAGCGAGGACAGACACGGAUGACCUGGAUGACGCUGCAGAGGCUGUUGUGGAGAUCAAGGAGGAGGUGCUGUCGGAGAAAGGCGCAAAAGGAAAGGAACGCAAGCGACAGAGGAGCAACUCCCCGCCAGCGUCAAGCAAGAAGGGGCGCACGGGGCGGAGGACCUACACCUGUGCUGAGUGCUCUUUGGUGACCAAGGAGUCACGGGAGUUUCUGAUUCACAGGAAAGACGUCCAUGGAGAUCGAAUCACCAUCCAUGACUGUCCGUUCUGUGAGUAUGCCUCCAAGCAGCCUCAGAAGAUCCAGCGUCACUGCAACAUAGUUCAUAAGAAGGAAAUGAAUGGCGAAGAUCCCAAGGACUUCGCAAGAACAGUGGUGACCCCCGAAAAGCCGCCGCAGAAAAUGAAAUUGCCACCUGGGUUCAAGUGCAGCAGUUGCACCUUCCAGGCUCGAAGCCGAGUGCUGGUCGAAGAGCAUGAGAAGACGACACACUUAAAGCGGCGCUUCUAUCGCUGCCAGCAGUGUGGCUACACGUGCCAUGAAAAGGGGCGCUAUACGCGGCAUCUGCGCUUCCACAGCCUACCCAAGAUCAAGUGCCAGUCAUGCGACUUCCAAACAUGCUACAAAUGGAGCAUGGACCGCCACCUCAAGUACCACAGAUCAGAUGGGGAGUUUCGGUGUGACCGGUGUGGUUUCAUGACCAUGUCGCGCAAGAGCCUUGCUGCACACUGCCUUCACCACCACAAUAAGAACCUGAAGGAGUUCUCGGACAGUGAUGCAGACAAGACAGAGACCCAGGAAACGGAAAUGGAGAGUCCCGAAGGUGAUGAAGACAAUGGCAGACUCAUGAUUGACGAGGAUGCAGAAGAGGACGACACAUUGCAGCCGCCCUUGAAAAUGACAUUGAAGAGAACUGGGGACACAGCUACAGUUGCAACCACACGGUCGGCUAUGCAGAAGUGUCGCUACUGCCCACAGAAGACCACGUGGCCAUCCGAGAUGAAGAAGCAUGAAGCAACCCACCUUACGAUGACCAAGAAGCAUGGCUGCCCACUUUGCCAUGUUCGCUUCGACCGUCUAGAACACUUGGAGACCCAUGUGAUGAACGACCAUCGAGAAGGGGACGAUUACUCGGCAGACACCUCGGGUGCUGGGAUGGCAGCGGUGCGCACCACCAGUACACCUAUUAUCAUUGAGCUUGGCAAGUCUGAAGAGCUGAAUGCUCGAGCAAGCUUCUCUAGCUCAUCUCAAGCACUGGACAUCUCCAUCAAGAGUAAACAGCCGAUACAAACAUGCGGCAGCUGUGGAUACACUACACGCUGGAUUUCAGACCUGCGGAAGCACGAACUGGCUCACGGCAACCCAAAGUCCUUCAAGUGCACGUCCUGCUCAUACACAAGUCGUUGGAAAGGUGACAUGACGCGACAUGUUUUCAGAAUGCACAAGGAGAACACUGUUGGCUGUGAGAACCAGGAAAGGGAUGUGGAACAGUCCAAGUCCAGUCAUGUUCUGCGAUUUUUGCUGUCACAGCCCAAAGACGCCAACCAUGACUAUGACUCGAAACCCAUUGAAGCAGCAAUCAGUAAAGUUACCGAGAGAUCUGCGUCUAGGCAUCAGGGCUUGCAUCAGCCAGCCGCCCCGUCGGGGAGAGUGGUGCAGAAGUACAAGUGCCCCCAGUGUUCCUUCUUGACCCGAACAGCAUCUCGGUUUCAUGUGCACAUGAUUCAACACUUGAACAAGCAGCCCUUUAUGUGUUCAGUCUGCAAGUACCGUUCCAAUUGGCAGUGGGAUGUGAAUAAGCAUAUCAAGACAAAGUCUGCUUACGACACGAGCCACAAAAAGGCGGACGUGGUUGUUAUGGACGAAACAGGCUUUAAAAACUACUCCAAGUACAAAGUGCACCUUGUGGAUGUAGAAGAAACUUCCAGGGGAGACCGAAUUCUGCAGCCAGCUCCAGCUGCCAAAGAUGUCACAGGUGAAGACGAAACCGAGAACAUCGUUGUAACCCCUGACAUCCUUUAUGGAGACCAAGAGGAUCGAGACCCUGGAACAGUGGCUGCUGAGCAGGGAGGAAAUCAGCAGUUGCUGAACUGCAGCCAUUGCAGCUUCAGCCAUGCUGACCGUAAGGUGAUCGUUUCACACCUAGGGUCCCACACAGGAGUGAAGCCUUACCGUUGCUGCCUCUGUGACUUUGUUUCAAAGUGGUAUCACAUCGUCCUGAUGCAUGUGCGGCACCGACACAACACAGGGCCACGGGACAUUGAGAGCAGGGUGUCGUACAUCGAAGAAGGUGGGACAUUCCGGUUGGCAGAAGACGACAAUCAGCCUGCCCCUGCCGUGCCUCAAGGGCCGGUAGGGGAUGCAAAGAUCUUCAGGUGCAGUGCAUGCCCCUACCGCUGUUCCAAGGCCUGCCACAUGGAGUUUCAUAUGAAACAGCAUGUCCCAAGAGAAGGAGCAAUCUACAAGUGUCCCCACUGCCCCUACUAUGUCAACAUGAAGAAGACUCUGUCUCGCCACAUGAAGCUGCACGAGGCUGAAGGGCAGCAGCAGCCCAUGGAAAGCAUAUCUUACCAGAUGCCACCCAAGACGGAGACGAAGAAGCACACAUGUGACUGCUGCCCCUAUGCAUCAGAUAACAAGACACAGUACCUGUACCACAAGCAGUUUCAUCGGACCAACAAGAAUGCUCCUUACAAGUGCACCCACUGCACAUACUGGUCGACUCACAGCCACCUGAUGGCACAGCAUCAGAGGGUCCACCGCAUAGGUGAGGCCAAUGGUAUGCCUCAGCAUACUCCAGAUGGAACACCACACAGUGGUGGCAUCCAAGCCACGACAACUAUGGUGAAUGGAACUGCCCGCCGUAUGUUCAAGUGCCGCUUCUGUCCCCUAACCAACAAGCGCCGCACCAAUGUGAAGGUUCAUGAGCGUAUGCACAUGGGUUCCAAGGCUGCCAAGUUCCAGUGCGUCCUUUGCAGCUACCGUUGUAACAACACCGGUGUGCUCGCCAGCCACAUGAAACUUCAUAAGGCUGAAAACCCAUCCUUGGACCUAAACAGAAUGAAGACCUUUUGUGAGAACCUCAACUCCCUCACUGAAAGACCAGUGGUUGCCAAGCAGGGCGUCUGCAACACAAUGCAGAGCUCGAGCUCGGUGUCUUCAGUGAGCAAGGUGAAGCCAUUGCUACGCAAAAAUACUUUCAGUUACUUCUGUGACAAGUGUCCGGCCAUGUUUAAGAGCCACAUGGUCCUAAACACUCACAGAACUUACCACAACUCGUCCCACCUUUAUCCUUGUCAUUUCUGCGACUACAGAGCACGGCAUAAGCCACAUCUGCACAAGCACCUCCUCGUGCACACGGCAGAGUAUGCAAAACGCCAGAACGGCUUCACACUGGCAGAGAUCCGCAGCCAGGACCGGAGUAAGCAACAGGCCUCGACCAGUACUCCCGCUACGUCGACACUGUCUACUGCAGACCAAAUGCUGCUCCUGGAGGAAGCCGAGACGCGAGCCUUUGUGGAUAGUGGCUCGCAAGCACUCGAGCUGCACCGAUGCAGCCGUUGUCCAGCAACCUUCCAGAAGGCCACUACCCUUGAUUACCAUGUGGGGCUGCACGGCAGCCUUGGUGUGUAUGCCUGCCACUUCUGCAACUACGCUGCCAACAGCUCCGCCAAUGUGAGUGCACACACACGGCUGCACUACCGUGGUGCCCUCAAGCAAAAGCAACCUCCCAAGAUGUUCACCUGUGACAAGUGCCCUGCAUCAUUCUCUAAACACAAUCGCUUUAAGAGCCAUCUUACACUCCACGGACGUAAGGAACGUUUCUGCUGCACGCACUGUGACUAUUCUGUCAAGUUUGCCGUCAAUUUGAUCAAACACAACAAACUUCAUGAGACAAUCCCAGCACCUGAAGCUGGGGAGCCUGCUGCCAUACCCACACCAGCUAUGCCUUCUGUGGUGACUGCUUCUAACAUCCAGGAGCAUACAGAGAAAGUUGCCCCCUUGAAGAUUAUGGCCCCCAUGUUGGACAUUGAGGCAAAGGUGACGCAAGCCCCAGCUGAGGAGAAGCUUAUUUAUGUGUGCAGUCGGUGCCCGUAUGCAUACCACCGAAGAGACACAGUGGCAAACCACUUACGGCGGCAUGGUGUGUCUGAUGGCUCUGCGUGCAGCUUCUGUGACUACCGAGCAGCCCACGUGUCAACGCUGCGUGACCAUGUCAAGUGUCAUUUCCAGCCAGCUCGGCACAACAAACCGCAAGCUUUCAUGAAGUGUGACACUUUCGAGGUAUGGAGCAGUGAUGGAGACAGUGCAAGGUCACUGCUCUUCCGGGAUGGAGGGAGUGGCAGCUACUUCCCAGAAGAAGUUGGAAAGCUCGAUGAUGAGGAAGCGUCUUCACUGAGCCCUAUGCCGUCAAGUUCCACCUCUUCUAGUCCCUCCACAACAAGCUCAGCUUCAUCAAUUCGUGCACAUUCGCCUGAGUCAACCUUGCAGAAGGAGGAGCUCCCAGAGGUGUCCAUUAAACAGGAAAUGGACGAUGUAGUUGCAGCCAGCAAAGAGACUCUGGAUGACCUGGUCAGCAACGUCGUUGUGCUGAAUGACACCAAGGACGACUUGCUCCCAAACUGCAAUACACAGGUUUUCAACAUUGUGGUUUUAGACAACAGCGAAGGGAACACGGAUGGGCACAGGGCUGCGGAGAUUCACGGAACUACAGACGUCCACGAGGCUGUACACUUGGAAGGACAAGAAGAGAGUGUAUUGGAAAAAGACGAGGGAAAGGGAGAAAGUGCGCAGGACCUGUUCAACCGCAUCUGUAAUCCAGAUGGAAUUGAAUUUGAUGACGUAGAAGAUGACAAGGAGGUCUACGUUGACAGUGUCAAUGAAGACAUUGUCAAUGAGGUUGAAUGUGAAACUGUGGCUUUGGUGGACAGUAUUGAGGAGGAGGCGCUUUCUGUCUUGGAGGAUGAGCAAGAGGAACAUCUGGAGUCACCAAGCAAAGGACAAGACUUCAAAGAUGAACUGAUUGAAAAUGAUUUAGGUGAAGUUGAUGAAAAUGAAAGUUUGGCAUGCAAAGCUCUGGACAAAGAGAAGUUGGUGGAGAAUAAGGGCGGCUGUGGAGAGAAGCAUGAAAGUGAAUACAUCUCCGAGACUGCGAUGUCUGAGGACCUUUCUUUACUGGUAGAUGGAAACGCUGAGGUGGUGGACGAUUCCUGUAGAAAUGAUGACAAGCCUGAAGAUGUUCACCAAGCUUGUGAGUCAGGCACCGCAAAAGCAAUGGAGAAUCAUGUCCUGAGUAACACUUCUGUAGAAGACCACAGUAGAGACCAACUACCUGCAUAUUCCAAUGUAGCAGAGCUUCAGAGUAAUGUGACUGAUGCCUCAGGGGACUUUAUUGAAUUUGAAGAGGUGGAGGUGUUCAGGAAGGACUCGGAAGACUCCAGUCAAGUUGAACUGGAGGCUUGCAGCAUCUCCAAGGAAUUUGAGCACCUUGACGAGGCAUCGCAAGAUUCUGCUAAAGAGGUAGAAUAUGGAAAAUAUGAGGACCAGCCCGUGCAGUGUUUUACUGAAGAAACGAAGCUUGCAGGGGACCUCAAGGAUUCGGCGCAAGGUUUUGUUGAGGAAGACAAACCUGUGGACAAGUCUCACCGACCGCUACCGGGAUUUUUCUGUGAAGAUGGGCCUGCAGGAGAUCUCAACAUGCAGGACUUUGUCAAGAAGGUUGCAGGCACUAACCCUGACCAACUGCCUUGUGCACUUGUAAAUGUGGAGGAGGCUGCCAGCCAACCCGAGCAACUUGUACAGGACAUUGUUGAGGAGAAAGUGCUUGCAGAUAACAUUGAUUGUGUGACACAUGCUUUUGGUGACAAGAAGCAGCAGCUUGUACAGGACCCUGGGCCGAUGGGACAGGAAGUUGUUAAUGGCCAGGAACCAGUAGGAUCCCCUGAACAACUUGCCGAAGACCUUUUGGAUGAGGAUUUACCUGUUGGGGGCCUUGGGCAAGUGGAAGAGGAAGUUGUCAGCGAGGAGGACCAUGCAGAAAACCUAGACCAGCAGGUAUUGGAAUGCCUUGACCACCGAACACGGGGCCUUGAACAACUGGAACAGGAAGUUACCAGUCAGGAUGAGCUUGCAGGAGACUGUGGCCAUGCAGUACAGGAAGUUGUGGACGAGCCUGCAGGAAAUAAUCCACUGGGCAACUUGGCCAGGGCAGAGGGACCUGCAGAAGACUUUGGUCGAGCACUUCAAGGCCUUGUUAAAGAGGGUAGGCCUGCAGAAGACUCGGAUAUACUGGUGCAGAAGCACGUUGUUGAAGAGGUCAGACCCAUAAAGGACUUUGAUAUACUAGCACAGAAGCAUGUAAUGGAAGAGCCUGUCAAGUCUUGGAAGAGGGACGAUUCUCUAAGCCCCAGCAAAGUUGCCUGCCUCCAAACUUCCAAGGAAUUGGAAGUGCGAGCAGAUCUUAAGAAAUUGCAAGGCGAUGCAACGCAAUUGGCUAUUUUGCAGGUUCAGUGCAAACACAGCAGUGAGACAGACUCCAGUGGUGUUGAAAACAAGAGUAGUGUUAAGCCCAAAGAUAGUGUCGAAGAGACAGCUCAGGCAUCAGCAUUAUCUAAAGCUGAUGAAGUGGUGCUGGUGCCACAGGACGUCUUCGAGAUGCAGUCGCCCACCGCACAAACACCAGGUCCACAAGACGCUGAGCCCAGCGUGGAAGUGAAGCAUGUCAGUGGGCUGUUCACAGCUACCGGGUCUUGUUGAUAGUACUGUUUCAGCAUGAGUGCUCACAGCCCAUGGCAGCUGUGCGGGUGCAUCAGCUUAAAGCUGGUAUAAACUUCUGGUACAAACUUCUCCAAAUGGUUUUAGCUUGUUUCUGCAUGUAUACUCCGUGUCACUAGUUGUAUUGUGCAGUGCAGGUGGAGAGAGAAAGGGCGGGCACUAGGAAGGCGAGACAAGAGAAGAGGGCAAUGGACGGCGAGGGAAGAAAGAGAGAACACUAGGAACAUUAGAAAGGAGAGGAGGUUUCUCUCCUCUUCACCAGCCUUCCUAGUGCUUUCCCUUCCUACCCUCGCCUGGCGUUGCCUUCGCCUGUACUGCACGGAACUAGUGACACGGUGUAUAGAGUUGUUAGUGAAUUUUUGUUAUCUUUAUGCCAAUUGACUGCAGUGAAAUCAUUGAAAGCUCUUCAUGUGCACUGACAUAUUUCAAGAGUAUAUGUACUUUUUCAUCUUUACAUGAUUUACUUUUCUAAACCACAUAGCCAAGUGUGCUAUCAUUGAAGUUUUUUGGGUUUUUUUAUGGAAUGUGUUCCACAGCUUUGUAUAAAUCCGUCUUGUAGAAGUGACUGUUGUUUGGUAAUAAUUUUUCUAUCAAGCUGUUGCAAUGCAUUUUGAACUGAACUGUCUGUGGUAUGAAAAUGUGCCCUUCUGGCUUGUGUAAUUUAGCAGUAUGGUUUUAUUUACUGAUGCAGCAGGCUGCCACUAGUUAGGAUUGGAACAUGGCUCCACCAGGGUGGAAUAUCCACCUGAAGAGUAAAGUGUGUUUUGCUUAAAAUUCCCCACCUUUCUUUAUUUUCUUUGUGCAUACAUAGUUGUUUCACGUGGAAGGCUGAACGUUGGCAGGUGAUGUGCCCGUCUCGUGCCAGCAAGCUUUGGUAUGGCAUUGGAACACGUUCCUAGUCAUGUGGGCAGAUUGGCCGAUUCGUGACUUGGUCACUUUUCAAGGGUCGGUGCAGUUGUGGAUUAAUAAAGUGCACCCAUACCAACUCCA